GGGGCCCAAUGCGCCUGCGCCUCGCGAUUCAAGAUGGCGGACAGUGCGGAACUAAAGCAAAUGGUGAUGAGCCUUCGAGUUUCUGAGCUGCAAGUGCUUUUGGGAUACGCAGGAAGGAACAAGCACGGCCGCAAACACGAACUCCUUACAAAAGCCCUGCAUUUGCUCAAGGCCGGCUGCAGUCCUGCUGUCCAAAUGAAAAUCAAAGAACUUUACAGGCGGCGGUUCCCUCAGAAAAUAAUGACGCCUGCGGACUUGUCCAUCCCCAGUGUCCACUCAAGUUCCAUAUCGGCCACUUUGUCGCCAUCCGCCAUUCCUCAGCUUGCUUACGAUGGCCACCCCGCAACAUCGCCAUUGCUCCCUGUUUCCCUCCUGGGACCUAAACAUGAACUGGAACUGCCCCAUCUUACCUCAGCUCUCCACCCUGUUCAUCCAGACAUAAAACUUCAGAAGCUUCCCUUUUACGACUUGCUGGACGAACUGAUAAAGCCAACCAGUUUAGCCUCAGAUAACAGCCAGCGGUUUCGAGAAACCUGCUUUGCAUUCGCCUUGACUCCGCAGCAAGUGCAGCAGAUAAGCAGUUCCAUGGACAUUUCUGGAACAAAAUGUGACUUCACGGUGCAAGUCCAGCUAAGGUUUUGCUUAUCUGAAACCAGUUGUCCACAGGAAGAUCACUUCCCGCCAAAUCUGUGUGUGAAAGUUAAUGGAAAACCGUGUAGCCUUCCUGGCUAUCUUCCACCAACUAAGAAUGGGGUUGAACCAAAGCGACCCAGCAGACCAAUCAACAUCACUUCGCUUGUUCGACUAUCCACAACAGUACCAAACACAAUUGUUGUCUCAUGGACAGCAGAAAUCGGACGAACGUAUUCCAUGGCAGUCUACCUUGUCAAACAACUGUCUUCGACUGUGCUGCUGCAGAGGUUGCGAGCAAAAGGCAUACGGAACCCGGACCACUCUAGAGCACUAAUCAAAGAGAAACUAACUGCGGAUCCUGACAGUGAAAUAGCAACAACCAGCUUAAGAGUUUCUCUUCUGUGCCCACUUGGUAAAAUGCGGCUAGCGAUACCCUGCAGGUCCCUGACCUGUUCGCAUCUGCAGUGCUUUGAUGCCACUUUGUAUAUUCAAAUGAACGAGAAGAAGCCCACCUGGGUUUGCCCCGUGUGUGACAAGAGAGCACCUUACGAACACCUGAUAAUUGAUGGGUUGUUUAUGGAAAUCUUGAAGCAUUGCACCGAUUGUGACGAAAUUCAGUUUAAAGAAGAUGGGUCAUGGGCUCCCAUGAGGGCAAAAAAAGAGGCACAGGAGGUGAACACAUCUUUCAACGGAGUGGAAGGCUGCUUAAGUUCUCCAGUGGAUCAUCAGGUCUCUUCACAUCAGUCAACCAAAAAUAGGAAAGUGGAGGUGAUCGACCUAACCGUGGACAGCUCGUCCGAUGAGGAGGAGGAGGAACCCUCGGCCAAGAGGAGCUGCCCAUCCCUGUCUCCCACGUCCCCCGUUAACAGCAAGAGCAUCCUAAAUCUGCCGCACCAAGUCUCUCCUGUUUCAAGAACCCCAAGCCUUCCAGCCGUCGACACAAACUACAUCAACACGUCGCUCAUCCAGGACUACAGGCACCCGUUCCACAUGACGCCCAUGCCUUACGACCUCCAAGGUUUGGACUUCUUUUCUUUCUUACCAGGAGACAAUCAGCAUUACAGCACUUCCCUUCUGGCUGCCGCCGCCGCUGCCGUGUCCGCUUCAGAUGAUCAAGAACUCUUGCACUCCCGCUUUUUCCCCUACACCUCAUCCCAGAUGUUCCUCGAUCAGCUGAACACAGGAGGGAGCAGCGCCCUCCCCGGCACAAACAGCAGCAGCAGCGGGAGCAACAGUAGCCUCGUGUCCUCCAACAGCCUGCGAGAGACCCACAGCCUCCCCGUCGCGAACCGAAGCAGUACGGACCCAGCGUCCCUCUUCGGCGUGAUCCCGGACAUCAUCUCCUUGGACUGAGUGCUGCCGAGGUGCUCCUGGACUUGCUGGAGGAAAGAUCUGGGUUUCUGUUUUACCUUAUUUUGUUUAGAAUUGCAGAUGAGCAUUUCCUUUUUGUAGGGAAAAAUAAUAAGACAUGUACAGAGAACAAAACUAUAUUUUCAGUUGUACUUUUGUAUAUAAAUAGAUGAUGGUUUGACUGGUAAAACUAAAAAGAAAAACUCCCAGCCUAGUUUUUGGAUAUGGAAGAUUUUACACCUCCCUUUUUGUCUUUAGCGUUUGCUUUUUAAAAAAUCCGUCUUUUACUUGCAUAACUCUUGGUUUGUUCACAGAGAUACUAAUGGAACAGAGGUGGAAUGUUUGGAGUAAGUCAGGCGAGGACUCAUGGUCCAGGAGAAGGCAGCCCUGCAGUAACGGGGUGGGGGGGGAACUGUUCCUCCCUUUGGCGCAGCCCCCUCAAAAGGGAUCCCCCGCACAGCCUCCUUGAAAGGGAUGCGCCUUGUGCCUUGCCCUUUCCCGCUCGGCUAGCAUGAAUCGCAUCCCCGAGUCGCAUGGAUUCCAUCACACGGUCUGUGUGUCCCCUGCACGUGGCUUUUUGGUUGUCGUUUCCUGUUCUGGAAGUCCGUGCAGUGCUUCCUGCAUUGAUCCAUUGGUCCCAGCACCGUUUCCUUAGUAUGUGCCAGUCCUCUUCACAGAUCUGGUUCUACAGACCUCUUGCAUGUUAAAGGCUUGCCAUUGGGAGUCCUCCUCUUCUGCAUGAGACCAAAUUGGUUCCGAGACUCGAGCUGCCAGUAAAGACCUCUUUAUUCAUGUGCUUCGAUGCUUAAAUGUAACAUUAUGUUUAGGUACUAAAUGCUUAUUCCUUGGGAUUUUUGAAAAUUGGUUGGCCGAAUACCUACUGCCUGUGCUAACCAGAAUAAGCCUAUCCAAACUUAGGAAAUAAUGUGAUUGAAAUCAGUAUGUUUUGCAGCGGGCAAUGACACGAGUACAUCCUGUUCUUUUCUGCAAAGGAUAUAUGGCCCAAUCCUGCACACCUUUGCUUGGAAGCAAGUCUCACUUCCUUAAUUCAGUGGGACUGAGUUUUGAGUAAACUUGCACAUGACUGGGCUUUGCCAGUGGACAAAGCUCUGUGCGACUCUUUUAAAUUAUGACUUCAACGUCCUUCCUUUUCCUGCUUCAACUAUCGCAGAAAUACGUCAGAUGAGCCAGUCUUCCCCUAUCCUACACCAUUACUAGCUUCAGUGGUGGUCGAAUUACUUUGCCAUCUCUUCAUGACAAACCCCUGAAGCUGUUUCUGGUCCUCCCUUAGAAUCUGGAUUUUUCCCUGCCUUGAGACACGGAUACCUACAGAGAAAAAUCUCUCUCCAAAUCUGGCUCGCAAAGCAUGAAAAAAGGGAGGGGAGUAUCUUGAAAGAUACACUAGGGAAGGACUUGGAUGGAUCCCCAAACCUUCACUGGAAGGUGUAUUUGCUUUCUGGUGUGAAAAAGCUUUAUUAGCCUGUGGUUACAACCUGGACUUGCAAAGGAUCAGGAAUGGCUCGGAGGGAAGGACAGAGGUAGGCCAAGCCCAGUGGCUUUUUGUCAGUUUUUAUCAAAAGCAUGUUUUCCAGUUGUUUUGAACCAUGCCUGCAAAAGUUAAUACUUUUUCCAAAGCGUUUUCAACUCCCUCAUUUAGCAAAACCUUAUACUGAUCAUAAAUCAUAAAUUAUCAUUUUUGAUAGCCAGUGGAGAGACUGCAUAAAUGUUCAAGUGGAUUUUCUAUAAACGUAUCCCCUUGCCAUUUAAAAGGUGACUUGAAUUUUGAAAAUGUUUGUUCAUAUGUAUAUAUGUGCGUGUGUGUGUAUAUAUGUAUUUAUAGGUGUGCGUGUGUGUGCGUGUGCGUAUGUGUUCCAUGCAUGUGUGUUCCAUUAAUGUCUAGCUGAUACAUUUCCUUCAGCUAGUUUAUAAUUUAUUGUCAGUAAAAUUUAAAUAAAAGGACAGGAAACAGGAAUCCUUUCUAAGUUCAGUCUAGCUUGGAGACAUGAAAUCAACUUCUUCAAAAGCAGGAUGAAACUGGCUCAGCAGAUUUAUAUAACUAACUUAUAAAUGUGGCCACAUUGUAUUCCAAAUCAAAGGACUGUUCCAAACAUUAAAAAGCCAACUGAGAAGUUAGCAGUGUGAUUGCUGGAACCAAACUUGGCACAAUUGUGAUGAAAACCAGUGGCUUUGUAUCUGCUAUUUUUGCUCACCUCAAGGCAAAUGUUGUUAUUAGAUGCUUGUAUCAUGUCUGGAUAAUUUCUUGACAUGCUAAAUAAUGCUAAGGUGGAGGUGCUUGUAGCUUCUGUACUGUCACAUGUGCCACACAGUAUUUAAAGGCAAUGGGUGCAGUCCAGUGUAUCAGUAACUCAUUUAUUUGGCAUGGAUGUAAGCAGAUGUUACUGUGUUGGGCUACACCAAUUGGGAAGGAGCUUUCUGCAUGUACAAUAAUUUAAGGAGUUUUGUGAUCUGCCUCUUUAUCCAGAUCCUUUUGUACCCAGUAGAAAAACUGGUGAUUCCAAAUUGUUCCAGUAAUUUUUCAAAAGCUGAGCAGGAACCACUGUGCCGCUUUAAGUGCUGCUUGGCAGAAAAUUGCUGGAAACAAUUAGCUGCCUUGAAAUAAAAAAAUCCACACAAGCAGAAUCAUGUUCCAUGUUGCGGGGAGGUGGUGGAUUGUGUCCAUUUUUUUCUCAGUCUGUAGGUGCCUGGUAAAGAUCUUUAUAUUUCCCGCUGCCUGAAGAACUCUGCAGGGCUGGCUCAGUUUUGGGAUAAUUCAGUGCACUGUGAAAUUAAAUGUGCUCCCUGCUAUUUCUCACUUUUCCUUCUAGCGCGCCUCAUGGCUAUAUCCAAAUGGACAUGAAAGGUUAAUUUUACGGGUUCUGCAGGUGUAAGAUGGCUGCACUUCCUGAGAACCCUUUCGCUUCUCAAGUCCUUCAUAAUAAGCAAGAAUGGGAGGCUUCUUAAAUCAAGGCAAGUAGACUUGUGCUUUUGGUGAUCUGAAGUAUUUAACUCCAGGAGCUUACUGUGAGAAGGUAUUUCCUGAAGUGUGGUUAGUGGGCUUUUUACAACCUGCAGUUAUAAUUAAAUUUAUUUAGCAAAUGGUUCAGUUUUGGCUUCAUGGUCCUUUUAAAGCAACCUGGUAUUGAGAAUUGCUGUUUUUCUUAUAAUGUGGAGUUACCAUGGAAUCUUGGCUACUUCGACAUCCUGUUAAAUUUGACUCCGUAAGACAGAAUUCAUGUAUACCUUAACUUGUUCACUUAUGUUUUUGGUCCUUAUUUUUCCAGUGGAGGGAUGGUUGUAUGUGUGUACAUGUUCUGCUUGCAUGUAAGUCUCUUUUGUAUAGAUAAGUGUGUGCGUGUCUGUCUGUACACACCAAUGCAAGAUACCUGUAUAAUAAUAUUACGUGGGGGGGGGGGAGCAGAUUUACAUCACUUCUGUGGGCAUUACUGAAUGCACAGUUAGUGUUUAAAAAAACUUAAAUGCAAAACCAAAAUGAAACCUUGCUAAAACUUAACUGAGUGAUAGCUGCAAAGUACUGCGAUAUUUUCAUAACAGCAUCCCCAAAUUUCUUCUUCACCCUGUCAAAAUACAGACAUUGUCACCCCUUGGGAGAUGAUAUUGCUGAAAAAUCUUCCAUCUAACUAGCUAGCCAUUUUCUCUUAAUGUGGUUAACCUUUUUCACUGCAUUAAGCAUUUCAGGGUUUUUCAUAAGACAUUUUAAAAAGUUUGUUUUAAUGGUGUUUUCAUUUUCCUUCCAAUGGGAGCUUAGAUUUCUAUUGAGAGAUUACUGCCAUUGUGCUGCUGUUAAUUGCUCUAAUUAACAAAAGGGGAAAAACAUUAUGUAUAUAAGUAAAAAAUGAAAAAAGCUAUUAAUUCCAUGAACUCAAACCUGUGAUUCAUUGCCUUAAGACUUUCUCUUAGUUUUCCAUACAGCAUGCCAAACAAGUUUUUAAAAGUGGCUUUUAAAAAAAUGUAUAGUAGACCAAUGUCAGUUUGUAUAAAAGUAACAAGUGAAAAUAUUUAUUACAUGCAUUGGAAAAGAAAUGGUUUACCCUAUUGAAUGUUACCUGUUUAUGUAAAACAUCUCUAGAUGUAAUAAAAGCAUUAUUAUGUUGUC